GUUAUCCUUAGACUUUCACGACAGGUGACUGCUAUUUAAUUUAUUAUCAUCAAUGGCGUUGAAACCUACGACUUGUAAGGAAGCGAUUGCGAGAUGGGAGAAGGACAAGGAACAAACUGCAGCGGACGCUACAGUCAUUGAACUACAGUUCCAGUGGCCACCGAUAGAAAAAAUGGAUGGCGCUCUUUCUACUCUCGUCGCUUGUGAGAAACUCAGCUUAUCUUCUAAUAUGAUAGACAAAAUUGCGGGCAUCGCUGGUAUGAGGAGCUUAAAAAUUUUGUCGCUUGGAAGAAAUUACAUCAAAACAUUAGCUGGCAUUGAGACUGUAGCUGAUACGUUAGAGGAACUUUGGAUAAGUUACAAUCCAAUCGAUAAAUUAAAAGGAAUAGGAGCUUUAAAGAAUCUCCGUGUUCUGUAUAUGUCUAACAAUAUGAUCAAAGAGUGGGCCGAAUUUAACCGACUUCAGGAAUGCCCAGCACUUCGUGACCUUGUAUUCAUAGGUAAUCCUCUUUACGAAAACCAGCCUGACGUAGACACCUGGCGAACCCAGGCUUGCAAUCGCCUACAACAAAUAACUAAACUGGACGGCAUACCCAUAGUCCGAGAUACGGAAUAAGCACAGAUUUGUAAUUACCAAUACAUCAACGUUCUACUCGAAAUGCUUUUUUUAUAAUGUGCGAUCAUUAUCAAGAUUUCUACGACCGGUCAGUCAAUUACACAACAAUUGCGGUUAAAACAUAGCCGUCUCAUGGAAUUUAUAAUUCAAAAUGAGUUGUGAUUGCGUGACCGCUCUAACAAAGACUGAUAUAAGACCACUUGUUUAGGAUAGAAUUUGAAAUGACAAUAAUAAUCGGAAUAAUAGCAUCGUACCUUCGCCUCUGCUUGACAUUUAUGACAGAUUAUAACUACGCUACUAAUAAUCGUCGCGCACGCCAUCUGUCUAUUAGGUUGUACAAUUUACGUAUGACGGCUAUGAUUGAAUUCUAUUAAUCGAAUCAUGAUUGUUGUAAAUUGCAGAAACUGAUUCACAUCUACGAAUUUUCUUUCUUGGCAAAUUUUUCUUGAGUGUUUUAAUUAUUUGAUAGGUACAUUACUUCAUCAUAUUUAAAAUAUAUUUAUAUAAUACAAAGGGAUACAGUAUAUUUGAAUGACAAACAAUAUUUUGGCAAAUUAAAACUAAAAAAGCACUUUUGUUAAGCAACAAAUCUCCUUAAUCUUGGUGUGUAUCCAUCUCUAUUGUGUCCGGUUUAUGAUUCGUCAUACAUCUCAGAGUCGACUUAAUAGCCUGCUUAAUUCCAGCAAAAGGAAAUACGAAUUGCCGAGGGUCGCUUUUGAUGGCGGAAAAGUCCCUCUGUAGCCGCCCAGUGGCAUUCUCAUUGUAUUGCUAAUAAAAUUUAAUGAUGUAAACGGAUAGCGCGAAUAGACCUAACUUAGUAGCGCUCAGGGAGGCGGCCGCUGAGGGGAAAUCAAUUAACAACAAUAUAUUUGUCGUACAUUGAAUUAGUUUUGCAACGAGAUACUGUUGUGAAACUGUAAGAGACGCAACUGUAAGAGAGUUUAGAAAUUUUAAAACAAAAAAAUAUACAUCAAACGGGUUUGUGUUAGAAGAAAAUGAAACAUUAAUUAUAAUGAUUGAUUCUUUUCGAUGUUGGUACUAACACUUAACUUUCUAUUUCAUUUAAACUAAUUGAUUUUAAGUGUAACGGUAAUGUAUCGUGUGGCCGAAAACCAAUAAUAAAUAUUGGUUCGAUGGUGACAUUUGAAUAGUGUUCAAUAAUGAAUGCCUUGUGGAUUAUUGUGUACUCUCCGUAAUGGACCGAUAAUUGUCCGUCCAAACAGAACUAACUCUCUUAAUCACAAAGCAGCUCACACCUUCCCCUUUCCGUGCCUAUAUGGCGACCAUUAUUUAAUUAUUAACAUUACAAUCAACCUAAUUUUGAUUUCUAUUUGACAUUUCGAUAACAGAACGCCCUCGGCGAGCGGCCAUUUUGUGACAUCUGUCUCGAAUGUGUUACGAACUAUAAAAUUCAAUUUCCCCAAUCGGGCAGCUCGGCACAUUUAUUAUUCAUAGAUCGGUACAUGGACGCCGGCCACUAACAGAUGUGAUCUUUUACGUGAUAUAGAAAGAUGUU